AAAAUGCUGGUACGUUAUCGUUUAACCAAUGAAAAAGCGUCUUUCAGUUUGGUUAACUGUAGCAGGUUAAGUUCAGCUGUUGCAUGUUCUCUGUCGCAGUGCUCAAAAUAAGCCAAAUAUUGAAGCAGAAAUAACUGAAAUAAACUUCUAAAAUGAAAACUCACAUUGUCCUAUACGUUACUGCAUUACUUGUCAUCAUUAGACUUGAGGUGACAUCCGCAGAUUGUAAUGGCCGUGCGGCUCGGUGUCUUGACGAAAUUGAAGAAAUUUCGUUAAGACGAAAUCUCGGACAAAAUUCUGAAUAUUGCUGGGCUAGUUUGAGCUACGUCGCCUGCUUGACACCGCGAACGACCUGCCAAUUUACAACAGACUAUGUCAAUCAGGAAAUUGCCAGAUUAAACGCUGAACUCAGCCAGAACAAGGCUGGGUGCUAUAUUACCGAAUCAAGGGCCUUAGUAACAAGAAGCACAAAUGGAGCUUCACUAGCCGGCCCUUCUGACACAACACUUGCGAUUUUUGUCCUAUUUCUCUAUACACUUGUUCAUAUGCUUUUGUUAAAAUAAAGCAUAUUAAUCUAAAUAACGUUUCUUUAAGAAGUUCGUUAAGAAUUCGUUAAGAAAUAUUUUAAUGCAUAUCUUUUCUUUUCGUUUUGUUCAAGGCUUAUUAUUAAAUUGUGUUUCGUGUUUGUUUUAUUAAGACAUUUGUUUUGACAUCAACUUGUACUGUUCAACAUUGUUCGAUUCACGUGACAAAAAAAAAUCACAUUACCU